AUGAUUCUCUCCAGAUCACUUUCAUCUCUUCUUGCCUUCCUCUCAUUGUCAACAAGCACUUCCCUUUAUCUUUGCAUAGCAUUAAGCCCAGCUACUCUUAAGUUCACUGACGCCACUGACAUCAGUGUGGAGAGUCCACCAACAUACUACACACUCUUUGUAGAUGCUGCAAGCUCAAAUACCUGGAUCAGGGCCAAUGUACCUUACAUGAAGACUGCUAUGAGCCACGGCUACUGUUUCCUCGAGCAGUUUUGCUCAGUAUGCAAUACCACAAACUCCUAA